GGGGAGCGGCGGCGCGGCCCGCUGGGUCCGGCUGAACGUGGGCGGCACCUACUUCGUGACCACCAGGCAGACCCUCGGCCGGGAGCCCAAGUCUUUCCUCUGCCGCCUCUGCUGCCAGGAGGACCCGGAGCUGGACUCGGACAAGGAUGAGACAGGAGCCUAUCUGAUUGACAGAGACCCUACCUACUUUGGUCCUAUCUUAAACUACCUCCGCCAUGGGAAACUCAUCAUUACCAAGGAGUUGGCAGAAGAAGGCGUGCUGGAAGAAGCAGAGUUUUACAACAUCGCGUCUCUCGUGCGACUGGUUAAGGAAAGGAUACGAGACAAUGAGAACAGAACUUCACAAGGUCCCGUGAAGCACGUGUACAGAGUCCUGCAGUGUCAAGAGGAGGAGCUCACGCAGAUGGUCUCUACCAUGUCUGAUGGCUGGAAAUUUGAACAGCUAAUCAGCAUUGGAUCCUCGUAUAACUAUGGAAAUGAGGACCAGGCAGAAUUCCUCUGUGUCGUCUCCAGAGAAUUAAAUAAUUCUACCAACGGCAUUGUCAUAGAGCCGAGUGAAAAGGCAAAGAUUCUUCAGGAGAGAGGAUCUCGAAUGUAAGCUGAGAGUCUGAAUUCCAGAAUCCUGAAGGAUAGGAGAGCGAUCCAGCAGAGCAGCUCUGUGAAGUCUCGUGCCUGUACAGUAACUGAGCUACUGCAAAGCAGUGCUGAGCCUGGUCCCCUUUGGGAUCCCCAGGACAGAUGCACCUGUGGCUGCAGAUCACCGUCUCAGAAGCCUGCUUCUGUUUGCUUAGCCAGUGUUUUGACAGAUUCUGAUGACAGCAGCUGGGCUGGCUCCCCAGGUGGAUCCUUUUGGGGACCUGGGAGAAGGGAAGGAUGGCCUGGCUCCUUGGAAAUGUCCUAGAUGUCAAGGAAGCUGAGAGGAAGGAGGACUGUCCUGAGCUGUGCCCUUAUCUCACCCGCAGGUGCCAUGUUGGACAUCGGCAUCUGUUUUUGACCCCUUUCCUUCUGCUAGUCACCCUCCUAGCAGUGCAGAGAUGCAGCAGGUUCUAGCUUUCGUGUGUCAAACUGAAGCUGGGGACAGGAGAGUUGGCAGAGGAUGCACACUGCUGUGCACGGAGCCUCUGCAGCAGGGCGGAUAGGUGUCCCUCGCUGUGGUGCACGGUGGGAGGGCGCUGCUCUCAUCUUGGGUGCCCUGCUGCUCCCAUGAGCAAUUUUGCUGGGCGCCGUGAGGCCUGCCUUGUCCCCAGGAAGGGCUUUGAGGCAGACAGAAGUGCCAGCUGGUUGGUGACUGCUAUUGCAGCCUUAUCCCCGUUGACCUGUGUUCCUUCUCUGGCUUUUUAACUGGACCAAAGAUAAAGGACUGUGUGGGCCCUCCAGUCGCUUAAGGUGGGAAAGGCUGUUCCUUUGGAAGUUGCCAAAUACGUCGAGUUGCCAUAUGUAAAAGCGGUAUUGUUUCUGUGAUGGUCUCGCA